UCCCUGACUUGACCACUUUCCUUCCUUAAUCGUCAAGAGAGAGACCGAGGAGACCAUAACAUCAAAGAUGGAAUCAAAAGCUUUCGGUUCUGUUACGUUCUUGAUCAUCACCCUUCUUCUCUGUGGAACAAUUCGAUUAGGGUUUUGCAGAGUGAUGCUAGGAGGCGUUCAUGAUCUCCGAGGAAACCAGAACAGUGGAGAGAUCCAGAGUCUCGCUCGAUUUGCUAUACAAGAACAUAACAACAAAGAGAACAAGGAGGUUCUUGAGUUCAUGAAGAUCGUUAUGGCAAGAGAACAGGUAGUUGAAGGAAAGAUGUACCACCACUUAACUCUUGAAGCAAACGAAGGUGGGCAGACUAAGAACUUCGAAGCCAAAGUUUGGGUGAAGCCAUGGAUGAACUUCAAGCAGUUGCAUGAGUUUAAGGAAUCCUCCUCUUGAAAGUCACUUGUUCAGAGGGUAAUCAAAAUGUUUCUGUUUAUUCUCUGAGAGAAUAAAUAAAGCCUUUGUCUCAGACCAGUGUGUGUUAAGACGAAACCUGAAGUUAAUGUAAUCAAGAAACUUGUUUUCUGUUCUCCUGAAAUUUGCUUUUAUGUA